GCGGGGCGCGCAGCCAUGGCGGCGGUGCGGGCGGCGCUGCUCGCCCCGCUGCUGGCGCUCGGCCGGGCGGGCUCGGGGCCCGCGACCCCCGCGCGGGUCGAGGUGGCCGUGUCGGGGCCCGGGGCGGCGGGGCCGGACGGGGCCGGGGCCGGCAGCGGGGCCGGCAGCGCGGCCGCGGUGUCCGGCGGCUCGUACACGCUGCGCGGGGCCGUGCUGGGCGCGGGGGGCGGCCGGGCCCGGCCGGGCCGGGGGGGCCCGCGGGGGGAGCGGGAGGACGUGGAGAUCCGAGGCCGCCUGGUGCUGGUGGGUGACGUGGAGCCCGAGCUGAGCACUGCUGACAGCUGGAUCGGGGUGGUGCCCGUGGGCACCAAGGAGCCGGCCGAGGGCCCCCGGGGUGCCAAGGAGGAGUCCUUCACCACCGCUGUUGUCACCAAGAUGAAGCGAGCCCUGGUGCUGGGGGCCUCUGCCCUGCUCAUCCUGGCGCUGAACCAGAAUGCCAUCCGUGAGCUGGACGUGUCCCAGCUGCUCGCCAAGCCCGUCAUCGUCAUCCAGUCCUCGGACAAUGUCACCAGGCUGCUGGGAGCGCUGCUGCGUGGGCUCCGGGCUACGGCAAAGAUCACGUACCAGGCAGUGCUGCUGGAGAACCUGGGAGUGACCCUCACGCUGUGGUCCACCUGCGGCCUGUCCCGAGGGGGCCUCUACGGGGAGUGGCAGGGGGUCAUCUGCCCCGGGGAAAGCAGCUCGCAGGUCCAGAAGUACCUGCAGCAGCUGUGGAACACCAUCCUGCUGAUCGCCCUGCUGCUCUGCACCGGCGUCAUGGUGCAGGCCCAGCGCCAGUCGCGGCAGGACCUGUCGGAGCGGGACGCCGAGCUGGACCUGAAGCAGCACAUCCGGCGGCGGCUGCUGGCGCUAAAAACCCGGCGGUACCAUCCUGGGAAGCCGCCCCGGAGCCGGGCCUGUGAGAUCGACAGCUGUGCUGUGUGUCUGGACCAGUUCCACAAGAGCCAGUGGCUGCGGGUGCUGCCCUGCUCCCAUGAGUUCCACCGGGACUGUGUGGAUCCCUGGCUCCUGCUGCAGCAGACCUGCCCUCUCUGCAAGCGCAACAUCCUGGGGAACUGCUGCACAGACAGCUAGCUGGCCUGAGGACACACUCCAGGGACAGACCCACGGCUGCUCCAGGGACAGGGAGGGGGCAGGGGUUGCCCAGCGAGUGGCACUUGCUGCCGGAGCAGGAUUGGUGUGGCUGUGCCCAUCACAGUGCCCAGACUUCGGAGAGGGAAGGACUUUGGCCUCUCCUGCUGGGUGUGAGUAGAGGGGUGGGGGGUCCAGAUGGGCAGUGUUGGGGAGGGAAGAUUUGGGGCACCCAUGGGUGUAACGGGGUGGGGGCUGGGGCAGGGAGAGCCCUGGUCCUGCUGUGCUCUUGCCCUGCUCACAGCAAUUUUUCUAAGUCUUGGGGUUUUUGUCUAUUUGCUGGUGGCCAUGGCAGGGUAGGCAGAGCCAGGCUGCAGUGCCAGCCCCUCUGGGAGGUGGGUGACAGACCCAGGGCUGGGGCUGGCAGGGCUGUGGGGUAGCUCACGACCUCACUGUGGGGGGGCAGGGGUUGGACACUUUAUUUAUAAUAACUUAUGGGAAAGGAUGGCACGAGUCAGCUGCAGAGCCAGCACAGGGCUCAACUCACCAGCACGGUCACUGGGGACACACUGUGGGCCCUGCCCCACGGGCUGUAACGUGUCCAUCCCUAUUAAAGAUGGAGCAAGG